UCUCUCUCUAUCUCUCUCUCAGUCUCUCUCGAUUUUUUAACAAUUGUUCUCUUCUUUCUCUCUCUACCGCCAUUGAUUGAUAAGCACACGCAACACACAAACACGCACUCUGAUGAGUGUGUAUCCAAUUGUGUGUAUAUGUUAUGACUUGAAGAGUUAGGUUUCCUAUUGCCUUUUGUAUCCUCACACUGUAAUCGAAGAGAGCGGCGGCUUCAGAGUCGGCCCGGUUGUUUCCUUGUUUCAGUUGUAUUAUUUCAGAAGAUGAGAUUUUUAUAGUUUCUUCAAAAUUAAUUGGGCGGUAGAUAUUAUGUAUGUGGGCUGUGGUUGCGACGGAUGGAGAAGGUGCUGUUUUGUGGGAAAUUUCGGUCUCCAGCUCGAGUUGUUGGGCCUACGGUUUGGUUUGAUUUCAGGGUGUAGAAAUUGGAGUUUGUGGGACUGACACGACAUGUAUUGCAAAAACUCUGGGGAUGAUGGCGUUCCUGUGUUUUUGGAUAAUCUUUUGAGUUUUGGGAUUGGUUGUUGUGGUUGCUGGGUGUGGUGGUGGAAGGGGUAGGUUUUAAGGGGUCCGUGAGGAAUGGCUGGUGUUCAGGAACAACUGCAGCAGAAACCUGAGAGCACGGCCAGUGAUGCUUGCUCUGAAUUUGAGAGGGGUUUGGAGGAGUUGAUGUGUGGGCACUAUGAUGAAUGCAUGUCCUUUGCUUCCUGCAGUUCACCCCGAACGACUACCACCGAGGAUGAGGGGGAACAGCUUGUCAGAAGGAGGAGGAGGUUGGAUCUUGAUAGUGAUGAUGUGGCAGAAUCUUCAGCUGCCAGGAGGAGGCACUCCAGGAUUUUGGGCAGGUGGGCUGCCCGUCAGGCGCAAGAGAUGAUCACUACGAUUGAGAGGAGGAAUUGUGAGUCGGAGUUGAUGGCACUUGCAGGCUUGCACACUGUAUCCACGCGUGAUUCAUCGUUCUUGAGGGCAUCACAGUCCCCAACCUCCAGGCAUCAGGGGAAUGUGGAGAGACUCAGCACCCGUGCCUCAUCUAUUUUGCAGAUGUGGCGGGAGUUGGAGGAGGAACAUGCACUAAGUCGUGCUCGGGAGAGAUUAAGGCAGCAGCGAAGUGUGGAUUCUAAUACAAAUGAAUCCAUAAAUAUGUCAGAAAACAGAGGGACUGAGAAUCACAGUAGCCUGGGAGAUUCUAGUGAGAGCGAGAAUGAUUAUGGAACUUGGUCCCAUGAACACUUGGGCCCACACGAUGGGAGUAGGGGUCUUGAAAAUUCCAGUCGCGAGCAAUCUCCUGAUCUUGGAGAAGUUGAGAGGGAGAGGGUGAGACAAAUUGUUCGUGGAUGGAUGGAGACUGGUAUUAGUGACACUUCUAAUAUUAGACUGAGGAAUGACCGCACAAGAGCUGAAUGGCUGGGGGAAACUGAGCGUGAGAGAGUGAGGAUCGUGAGACAGUGGAUGCAAAUGACAAGUCAGCAAAGAGGUUCUCGCAGUGGACGCAGGGAAGAACAAGAUAAUAGAGCUGGCUCUCAAGUUGAUCAUUUUCGUGAAGGGUUUGUCGACAAUCAUGAGGAAGGUCAGCCUGAGCAUAUUCGGAGGGACAUGUUGAGGUUGCGUGGAAGACAGGUUCUCCUUGAUUUGCUUGUAAGAAAUGAAAGGGAAAGGCAACGGGAACUUCAGGGUUUGUCGGAAUAUCGUGCUGUUUCUGAUUUUGCACACCGCAAUCGUAUCCAGUCGCUGCUUAGAGGCAGAUUUUUAAGAAAUGAAAGGCCUGUUGAGGAAGAGAGACCACCUUCAGUGGCAGCUAGUGAAUUAAAUCAGUUAAGAGAGUGGCACACUGUCUCUGGUCUGAGGGAAGGUUUCCGCUCCAGAUUAGAAACCAUUGUGCGUGGCCAACAUAGUGGUCAUCCUGAAACCUCAUUGGACAAUAGCAAUAGUGGUUCUAGAAGCGACCAGAGUAAUACAACUGCUUCACAGGGAGUUCAACAUGAGAAUGAGGAAAUUGGUGAUCAUCAAUCACUAUUUCAUGGCGGAAAUUUGGAUGGAAGCAGGGGUAUUCAAAAUCAAUUUGUUUCUCCUGACCUAGGAAGUGAUUGGCAGGGGCAAGUGACUGAAGUUGAGAGGGCAAAUCUGGAACAGUCUGCACGUAGUGAAUCUAAUGAAUGGACCAAUAGCACGGGUGAAGACACAGAUCGGAAUUGGCAGGAAAAUGCAGUAUCUGUAAGGCCCUCGGAAGAAUUUGCCGCCGAAAAUCAAGAGCAGCAUGAGUUACGAGAUGCUCAGGAGGCUUGGGGUGAUCUUGGCUCACGAGAAGCUAUGGGAAAUUGGUCAGAGGAGCCUUCAGACCCUCCAAGAGUGAUGCGAUCUAUCCCAUCGAGAAGAGUUGCCAGGUUCCACCCACCUGAUGAUGAUAACGUGUACAGCAUAGAACUCAGAGAAUUACUAAGCAGGAGGAGUGUCUCGAAUCUUCUACGAAGUGGUUUUCGUGAAAGUUUAGAUCAGUUGAUUCAAUCAUAUGUAGAAAGGCAAGGCCGGGCUCCUAUUGAUUGGGAUCUGCACAGGAACUUGCCUCUUCCACCAUCACAUGAGAGGGAUACGGACCAACAGAAUGAUGAGCCUAAUGAGGAGCGGCAUGAUGCUAUUGGUAGACCUUCACUGAUAUUACCAUCUCCUCCAGUGCCACCGGUGCAGCCCCUUUGGCAUCAGGAUUUACAUCACUCUGGUUGGUCUCGUCAAAGUGUUCAUCGUUCUGAACUCGAGUGGGAUAUGAUUAAUGAUCUGAGAGCAGACGUGGCAAAACUCCAGGAAGGAAUGAAUCACAUGCAAAGGAUGUUAGAAGCUUGCAUGGACAUGCAACUGGAGCUCCAACGUGCAGUACGACAAGAAGUCUCGGCUGCUCUUAAUCGAUCAACUGGUGUACAAGGUGCAGAAACAUCAGUGGAUGGGUCUAAAUGGGUACAUGUCAAGAAAGGUACCUGCUGCGUGUGUUGCGAUAACCAUAUCGAUGCCCUAUUGUACAGAUGUGGGCACAUGUGCACGUGCUCUAAAUGUGCAAAUGAGUUAAUUCGAGGAGGAGGAAACUGUCCAUUGUGUCGGGCGCCUAUCAUUGAGGUGGUUAGAGCCUACUCCAUGCUGUAAAAAAGAGAGGCGGAGGAACCAGAAAGGGGAACAGUUGGAAAGAAGCACCAGUAAGACGGACAAUUGGUUUUUCUCAACACUGGAGCUCCCGCAUCUUGCUCAUAGAGCUCUCGUCUGCGGCUGUUUCGCUUAUUACAUGUCGAACGCAUUUCCAUGGACGUUUCUUCAUCAUCCGUGGAAAACUUUUCGUUGUAUAAUCGGAACAACAAUAGGUACUAAAUACGUUCUCAUUCCUUGGUAAA